GAAACGUUCAUAUUAAUCUUAUUUCGAUACAGUCAAGCAUUCUCUUAGAUUUUUAAACAGUUAAUGACAGAUGCAUUGUUGAUGUUCAUGUUUUCUGGUAGCAGAGGGUAGCUUGAUACGUCUGCUUUGUGUUACUGGAUUUAUAGUUCCGGAUGGCAGUCGUGUUAAAUCUGUAAACAGAUCAUUGAAAUAAAGACGAUGCGAUAUUUAGAGAAGCUGAUUGAAGUCUUCUGUACCAAUGGUUGUAAACGUUGUUGUGACUGUUGCUUUGAAACAGAGAAGAAGGAAAAACGGAUUGAAAUUAGACAUUCGUUCCGAGACUCCAUCUUAGAUUCUACUAGCAGUAAUGCUGAAAGUUUGAGAAGUUUUCGUGAACGACACGAUUCCGAAAAUUCAAGAACGGAUUCUGUUUCCUCCACUGGAACACCCGAUUAUAAACGAUAUCACACUACCCCAAUUAUUGAUAUGAAACCGAUUGAAUUUUGGACGGCAAAUAGAGAAAAUGUACAACCGAAAACAAAACGACGACUUCCGAGUGAAAGCGAAAUAAGUAUAGACAAUUUUCAAAGAGAUUUAUAUGACAAUCUACCAGAAGAGACCCCAUGUUUGACUGACGAAGAAAAACUUGCGCAGUAUCAACUAGGACAAAUUCAUUUUGGCCUGCAAUAUGAAGUUUCUUCGAAAACAUUAGUUGUUAAGAUAAUCGAGGCUAAAGAUUUACCUCCGCCAUAUUGUUUAGACGAGAACAAGCAAGACAUGUCUCAUUCCAAUCCUUACUGUAAAAUUUCUCUACUUCCGGAUCAGAAAAACUCCCAACAGACAACAGUUCAAAGGAAAACACAAGAACCUAUGUGGAACGAGUACUUCUCUUUUGAAAUACCAUAUAAGGAAGUUCAAAUGAGAACAUUGGAAAUAUUAGUCAAAGAUUUUGAUAAAUUUUCCCGCCAUUGUGUGAUUGGUCAGAUUUAUCUGCCCUUGAAUAGUGUUAAUUUGAUUAAAGGUGGUCACAUGUGGAAACCCUUGAUUCCUGGUAGUCCAGAAAGACAAGAUUUGGGUGAAAUUCUUCUAUCCUUGAACUAUUUACCUAGUGCCGGAAGAUUGAACGUUGAUAUCAUCAAAGGGAAGCAACUCCAGCAAACUGAAAUAGUAGGUGGCGCUGAUCCAUUAGUUAAAGUUACGUUGAUCCAUUUUGAGAAACCGAUCAAAACUAAGAAGACUUCCAUCAAGAAGAGCACUAUUGAUCCAAUAUUUAACGAAUCGAUUAGUUUUAAUAUCACACCACAACAAUUGGAGAACACAAGUCUCGUCAUCAGUGUCUGGCACCACGGUACGAAGAGUAAGGACGAAUUUGUAGGGCGAAUCGUCUUGGGACGUUACGGUACAGGCCCUCACGAGUUUACACACUGGUCCCGUAUGCUUCAAUGUCAGCGAUCACCUGUUGCACAGUGGCAUUCGUUACGCUUGCGUGCUGAAUGCGAUCAGGUCUCUCCUGCAUCUAUCGCAGUACAGUGA